AUGCGACAUUUUAAUCCACGUUUGCGUAGUGUCUUUGGUGGAAUUGCUGAGCGACUGCGGCGAUUGCACACAGAGUAUGAAUUGUGGUGUGAUCGAAGAGAAGAUGAACGAACAAUCAAUACAGCUGCGGCCUUUGCGAAUGAUGAGACUGCAAGCCAUAUUGACUAUGGGACCUCCAACAAAUAUCGUAUUCGUUGUAAUCCCGACGCAUGUCCGCGAAGUGUACUUUUAAUUCCCGCGACUGGAAUUGCGGAUAUGUGCCGAAAACAAAAGCGACAUUCAAUUGCAGCGGAUGUUAUUAUUCUUGAUUUAACAAACUGCAAUGUACCCGGCGGGGAGGCACGUGACGCUAUCAUGCGGUUUAUAGAGUCUAAUGAAAAUAAACCAAUAGAGAAGAAAACUAAACAAGAUACUACAGAGAAGAAGAAGAAGAAGGAAGAAAAAGAAGAAAAAGAAAAAGAAGAAGAGGGUGUACGUUAUAUAGUUCGUGUAAACUCCCCUGAACUUGAUCCAGUGAAUGGUAUUCUGGAUAUGGAAAUGAUUGCACUGCUUGGUAAAAGCAUUGAGGGAGUGGCGCUGCCAGCAGUAACGAAGAACACAUAUGCACUAGUAGAGGAAUAUAUACAUCCCAGUCAUCGCCUGUGGGCCUUCUUUAAUACCCCACGCUCUGUUGUGCAGGCGGCGGAGAUCUGUUCACAGGGAUGUUAUCACUAUGCCGUUAUGGACACAGCGGAGAUGAGACAGAACUUACAUUUAACACCAAUGAUGACAACACCAACAGGUAAAGAUAACAACAACGAUGACAACAAAAGUGAUACUAAUAAUAUUAAUAAUAUUAAUGUUAAUAAUAAUAAUAAUAAUAAUAAUAAUAAUAAUAAUAAUAAUAAUAAUAAUGAUAAUAUUAUUGGGGUGGACCUUCUGCAAUCUCUACCACUAUUGUAUAGUAGUUGUCAGGUGAUAAUGGCGGCUCGAGCCUAUGGGAUGUUUGUACUUGAUGGACCUUUCAUGGACACUGCAGACAAGAGUGGAUUUCGUCAUAAUCUCACUCACUCCCGUGCAGUUGGUUUUGAUGGGAAAGUCGUACUGCGACCGGCGCAGAUCACGGCAUGUCAUGAGGCCUUUACGCCAACAAGAGAAGAGGCGGAAUGGGCACGGGAAUUGCAACAACAAUUAAAUCACAAACGCCAUAAUGAAAUUGUGUUGGGGCGAGAAGAAAUGCUGCAGUGGCAACGGGCCAUUUCUGUUUUGCAGAGAUAUAAUGAGGCAGAAUUGGAACGUAAAAAAUCAUAG